AUGGCACCGCCGGGGGGCGGCGGGCAGCUGCGGGAUAGGCACAGGGAUGGCGACAGGGACAGAGCCACCGCUGCGGGCAUGCGGCGCUUCACCUGGGAGGAGAUCGGGCAGCGGAACGGGCGGGGGCCGGCGCCGCAGGAGCGCUGGCUGGUGAUCCACAGGAAGGUGUUCGACAUCAGCCACUUCUACCGGAGACACCCGGGAGGGGCCCGGCUCCUCGUCAGCCACGCCGGGCAGGACGCCACGGAUGCCUUUGUGGCAUUCCAUGUUGACAAGGUGCUGGUGAGCAAGUACUUGAAGCCACUGCAGAUUGGGGAACUGGCACCCGACCAACCCAGCAUUGAGCCCACUAAAAAUGAAAUGCUGGUGAAAGAUUUCCGGGAAUUGCGCGCUACAGUCGAGAGAAUGGGACUCCUGGAGCCAAACCAGCUCUUCUUCUUCCUGCUCCUGGCUCACAUCCUGCUCCUGGAUACAGCUGCCUGGCUCAUCCUCCUCUACUUUGGGACAUCCUUACUGCCCUUCGUUCUCUCCCUGCUGCUGCUGACCAUUUCCCAGGUCCAGGCUUCCUGGUUACAGCACGAUUUAGGACACCUCUCAGUAUUCAGGAAAACCAAGUGGAACCACUUGCUACACAAGUUUGUGAUGUGCCAUUUGAUUGGGGCCUCUGCCAAGUGGUGGACUCUCCUGCACUCCCAGCACCAUGCCAAACCCAACUGCUUCCACAAGGACCCUGACAUUGAUAUGCACCCUUUCCUCUUCACUUUGGGGAAGAAAUUCUCUGUGGAGCUUGGGAUCAAAAAGAAAAAGUACAUGCCCUACAACCACCAACACAAAUACUUCUUCAUCACUCUUCCUCCGCUCCUGUUCCCCACCUACUUCCACUGCCACACAUUCUACAUUGCCUACACAAAGAAGUACUGGGCGGACUUGGCCUGGAUGCUGACCUUCUACAUCAGAUUCUUUUAUACUUAUGGAUCUUUAUUAGAAACAAAGAGUCUCCUGGCAUAUUAUUUUAUAUUCAGGAUGCUGGAGAGCAGCUGGUUUGUCUGGGUCUCACAGAUGAACCACAUCCCAAUGGAUAUCGACUAUGACAAGAAUUUGGACUGGGUGUCUACUCAGCUCCUGGCAACCUGCAAUGUGGAACAGUCACUGUUCAAUGACUGGUUCACAGGACACCUCAACUUCCAGAUAGAGCAUCACCUUUUCCCUACAAUGCCACGGCACAACUACUGCAAGGUGGCCCCUCUGGUGAAGUCCCUGUGUGCCAAGCAUGGCCUAGAGUACCAGUGCAAGCCUCUGCUCACAGCCUUCGCAGACAUCGUGCACUCCCUGAAGACCUCGGGAGAGCUCUGGCACGAUGCCUACCUGCACAAAUAAAGGACAAGGCUUGGUGUGACCAUUCACAGCCUGCCACAGAUGCAUUCCCAGCAAGCU